AUCAAAGGAGCACAUGCGAGAUUGAUAGUCUGGACUGGUGUUUGGAAAGUUUUCCUUCAUUGAUGUGCUAAUUUUGGGCCAGUCAAACAGGUGAAGAGGAUGAAGCACUAUGUUGGGCAGUAUAAAACGCGCUCACCGAGCCCACAGUGCUCCUGCUGCAAGGAAUCCCGAGUUCUAAGCUCGUCUCGAAGCUUUCAAGGGAAACAUCCUCGGCACUCUACGGCAGAAGGCACCGUGGCCACCGACGGCAGUGUCCGCCGACCCCCGCCGGGGUUCUCAAGGAAGGCCAUGCCUGUGGCACAGUCAACUCCUCUUCACUCCGAUCACCAUCGUGGUGAUUCGGAUGACUCAUUGAGCAUGCUCAGUAGGGGAAACGGGGGAGACAACUCCGAUAUCCUACAGCGAAUCAACGCGAUUCUUGACAACACACUCGACCUUCAUGGAACUAGCGCUAGUCCUGGGAAACUGGUGACACCUUCUGCUCCAGACAUGCCAACCUCCACUGCCAGUAACCCAGUACUGACUGAUGCCAUGGCAAGUCUCUCACUGAGCGAUGUGUCCAGUAACUUGGAGUUCCAACCAUUUGGCGGAAUGGCGGUUGCCUUACCUCCUACCCAGGAUGCUUUGCAGGUGCCCUCCUCGGUCAUGACGCCCAUGUCAAUAAUCGACCGGCUGGUUGCGAGCAUGCCCUGUAACCCCACCAUCGGUAAGCAGGCUCCUCACCAUGACAGUUAUGCCAGAGGACUGGACUUUGUCAACUCGUCCGGACCAGACCCCCUGCAGAGCCAGCAGGCCUCCUACUUCACGACAGCGUACGACCGGCGCAGGAACUACCGCCAGACCCAGGAUCGUGACUCGUUCCUGCCGCCGUACGGUCUGAAUCAGGGGGACCGCGGCAGUUACGUGGAUACCAGGAUGGAUCAGAAUCUGUACCACGCUCCGUUGGACAGAAGCUCGUACAGUUACAACAGUCAGAUGGAGAGAGGCAGCUAUGAGCCCGUGUUCGGAGGGGGAGGAUUCAACCACAUGUAUGAUCGUCAUGGUAACUCCCGCUCUCCCAGUCCCAGCGACUCGGACACCAGCGGUGUCAGCAGCAGCACAGGGUCAAUGUCACCCGAGGACACGCUUUCAUCACUUGUGGGAGGUCUUAGCCUCGAUUCUAACUCGCGCAGUCCUCUCCGACGUCACUAUGACUCGCACGGCAGUUUCUAUGGCAACCAGAUGUCUUCCAACGAACUUGACAGCCCAGUUGGCAUGCCGUCGGGCGCCAGUCUCCUGUCAGACCGGCGCUGGGCUGGCGCAAACUGGUUCAACGACCCCUUCAGAAUCGAACGGGACGCCAGGAUGUAUCGAAACGCUGCUGCUAUGUGUGAGCCGACCUGUACAUGGAGUGGCCAGCUGCCCAUGCGCCAACACAAGUGUCCCAUCUACUCACCAAAGGUGUUCUUAGGAGGAGUGCCCUGGGAUAUCACUGAAGUUGGUCUCCAGGCUGCCUUCAAACCGUUUGGACCAAUCAAAGUGGAGUGGCCAGGAAAGGACAACAAACAUCCCCGAUAUCCGCCAAAAGCAGGUUACGUGUACGUGCUGUUCGAGUCAGACAAGGCGGUGAAGGCGCUGCUGCAGGCCUGCACACACGACUUCAGCCACGGCGGGGAGUACUUCUACAAGAUCUCCUCACGACGCAUGCGCUGCAAAGAGGUCCAGAUCAUACCAUGGGUCACCUCCGACAGUAACUACGUGCGCUGCCCGUCCCAGCGCCUGGAUCCCGGGAAGACCGUGUUUGUCGGGGCGCUACAUGGGAUGCUUAAUGCAGAGGGGCUCGCUAACAUCAUGAAUGACUUGUUUGGUGGAGUGGUGUAUGCUGGGAUUGAUACCGAUAAGCACAAGUACCCUAUAGGGUCAGGCCGAGUGACCUUUGGUAACCAUAAGAGCUACAUGAAGGCUGUCCAGGCUGCUUUCAUUGAGAUCAAGACUCCAAAGUUCACCAAGAAGGUUCAGGUGGACCCUUACCUGGAGGACUCCCUGUGCAACACAUGUAACUCCCAGCCGGGACCAUUCUUCUGCCGGGAGAUGUCGUGUUUCCGCUACUACUGCCGCUCCUGCUGGCAGUGGCACCACUCGCUGGACACGCUGCGCCACCACCGCCCACUCAUGCGCAACAACAAGUCCCGAAGCCGUGACACAGAUGACUAACCAAUCACCAUGUAGCGGUGGAGAGGCAUUUGGAAGAGGCCACAUGGUUGGUCAGUCGGAUAAUAUCUCUGGCAGCUGAUUGGUGCCUGUUGCUCACCGGACACGGGCUGCUAAUUUGGCGGUGGCAGAUUCGUCCCAGCACCCACUACAGUUUCAAGAUCAGGGAAAUCAAGAAUGAAGUUAGCAGCUCGUUUGCUGCAUGAUUCUUUGUUGCAGUGUCUUUAUAUUCAAGAUCUACCUAUGAUUAUUUAUUGAUCGUUUUGAAUAGGCAGAGCCUGGAAAGAUCAUAUAUGAUUUAUUUAAGAUGAUUUUAUAUCUGCCAAAGAUGAUGAUGAUUAUACUUAUGAACGUAGUGGGUGCUAAUACUUUGAUAGUGCCUCAGAAUGUUAGACAUGCAAAAUAGCUGCCUUGUGGACUUUUAUCUUUAAAGAAGUACUUUCUGAGGAAACAGCAACUGAUUUAGAACUUUCAGGAGAAAAGUUUUUUUGUUGUAAAUUUAAGUUGAUGUAUUUGUCUAGCUAACAGUUGAGAUGAGAAAAAUAUAGAAAUCUUUAGUUAAUACGUUGAUAUAUACUCUCAUUUCUUUUGCAUCUGGUAUCCAAUAGGAAAAUACUGUGAGUUUUAUACAUUUGCUGUUCAAAGAUUUUCGAUGGUGCUUCUACCUUUAAAAGUUAACAAUUCAACUGUCAUGUUGUUCACACUGCUACAGUUUUGCCAUUGAACGUUUUGGAAACUUGAAAAUGAGACUUUGAAGGAAAACCACCCAUCAAAUGUUUUUAUGUUGCACUUCAUAAGUUUUGCUUGGCAGAACCGUUUGAAUAAUAACAAGGCUUUGAACUUAAAACAGAAGUGCACCUCUUACCGUUGAACAUUUUAAACUUUUCCUUUGAAUCCAUUUUGCAAUCUCACUAGCGACAUACCUUUUAGACAUCAUGGUCACAUAUUGUUUUUAAAUAGGGGAAACGAGAUCAAUGUCAAAAACAAACCAAUGGAAAUAAUGAAGGAAUGAUUUAUGAGUAAUAAUUCAGGCUUGUCACAUUUUAUCUGAACUCAGUUUCCACUAAGAAGGGUUUACCAUUUCUUGAAAGCAAAGGUUUCCAAAAACACUGUGCUUAGAAAGAAAUGGAUGUUUUAAAACUGGAUUUACCAUAACACCUCUAAUUUACUUACUGCAAUAGUUCCAAUUUUUGGCAAUAUUUAAGUAAGAUAUUAAAUGAUAUUGUUUUUGUAUAUAUUUGAAUUGUUGCUGGUAAGGCAUAUUUCUAAGUUUUGUGAUACUUUUGAUGUUUUUUGACUUGUGAUAUGCGGACGGAUUAUUUCGGAUUUGGAACGGCUUUGGAUACGGCUUACGACUUGGCGCAUCUUCGGAUCGCUUUGCAUGAGUGUUAUGUAUGAGUGCACGGAAACUUUGACCAUUAUUAUCAUGAGACUAACACAAAUUUUGCUUAGAUUGGUUCAAUUCUGUGGAAACGCACUAGAAACAAAAUGCAGUUUUAGAAAACUGGAAGACAUUUUAAGGUUGACUUUAAGUAUUCAAGAAGAGUUUGUGGAAACGCCAUUGAAGGUUUUGAAUGAAGAUGGCUUGGAGAUCUUAGAUGACACAAUGUCAAAGCAGAGUAUGUUUAAGAUGGCUUUGUUCUUGUUUUUUGACAUUAGGAAAAGAUGUGCCCGUUUUUGUUAUAUGAACAGGCCUUCUCGUUUAGUUCCAGUUGAAACCAGAGAUCUCUGCUUUGGCAGUUUUUACCAUUGAGCAUUUACGAGGAGAAUUCAAGUAAGUUCUGUUGAAGUGUUGUAGAUAAGAAACGUGACAAAGGAUAGAAAAAUGACAAACUGCGUUUCCAUACCACUUUACUGUUAGCAAGGUGCACUGUAUGAAUGUUCAAAAAGCAUUGAAAAAUAAAAAAAAGGUUCAGCAUUGA